AUGAGUCCAAAUGAGUUACCUGAUCCUUCGUUCCAGAUGGAUCUCCAGAUUCUAGAUCAAACUGAUUAUGAAAAUGAAAAACGUCAAAGAAAUGAAGAAAUUCAAAAACUAGAAGAAAAACUUUCAAAUGUUGAUAUUCGAAAAGAUGAAUUAGAAACAGAACAAUUUCGUUUCAUACAAGAGCAAAGCUCGCAAGAACAGGAACUUCAAAGAUUGAAAGCAGAAAUUGGUGAUUUAAAGAGUAAAAGAAAUAUACGGCAUAACCAGUAUUCUCGAGUGAAGGACUCAAAAAACAAUAGGCAAAUUAUGUUUGGGGAACAUACUCCUUCAGUUCUUCAAGAGAUUCAGCAAAAUCAACGUAAAUUUCGAAAAAUGCCCAAAGGUCCAAUAGGUUUAUAUAUUGAAGUUAAAGAUUCAAGAUGGACUAGUGCUGUGGAGGCUUGUAUAAAACCUCAUAUGCUUCGGAGUUUUUGUGCUGAUAAUUCUGAUGACAGUAGGUUGCUGACACAAAUUUUACAGAAGUAUUAUACAGAUAGAAUGCCCUCUGUUAUAAUCAGUCCAUUUCUUUCUCAU